CAGCCCCAGGACCGCAGGCAGCGCAGAGGCCUCUGGGAAAUAGGAAGUCGGGAGCACCUCUGGCCACACCUCUUGUUGCCCCUCCGAGCUCUGAGCCCCUGCGCGCUCCGGCCCCCUCGGCCCCCUCGGAGAGUCCUGCUGCCGGCCAGGGGGAGCCUGGAGCCAGAAGGGAUGGCCUUUGAGAGGGACAGACUCCCGGGCCAGGAGGCCGUGACGUUCCAGGAUGUGGCUGUGGACUUCACUCGAGAGGAGUGGCGCCUCUUGUCUCCUCCCCAGAAGGAGCUGUACAGGGAGGUGAUGCUGGAGAAUGCCUGGAACCUGCUCUCUGUGGGGCUUCCAGCUUCCCCAGAAGAUGUGCUCUCUUCUUUGGAGCAGAGAGAAGCCCCUUGGAUGCUGGAGCAAGAAGGCCUGAGGAGCUGUUGCCCAGGUUUUAUCAGGGGCUUCCUGGGCAAGUCACUGAAUCCAUGAGCCUCAGUUUCCCCAUCUGUAAAAUGAAGCUAUUGGACUCCAUUUCCUAUCUGCUCUCUUCAGGGGAUCAGCUGGGACUCUCUAAGAAGACAGUGUUUGGUACUGAAGGGCCUAGAAGUCUCCUGCAAGUCCAAGAAGGGCUCAGCUUAUUCACUCUGAGCUCUUUAUUAUCCAGAAACAUGUAUGAGGGCUUGUUCUGUGCUGGGUCCCGGGCUAAGUGACAGGGGACAUGAAGGGCUGCAGUGGACAUCCCCUGCCUCGUGGAGCAGAUAGCAGCAUGCUGACAUUUCUGUAGAAGCCCUCUAGAUCCCAGCUUCAGGGCAACCAGUCACAAGAGGGAAGGCUCUGAAGAGGAGCACUAGAGAGGUCUAAUGGAGAGAGAUGGCCUGGGGCUUCAGCAGAGCCACACUGAGAAAACAAGGGAAAGGCACCGCACAACUCACUGUAAAUGGCCAUCUCUAGCCGUUUAGCCCUGACCCGAGGACAGAUGUUGGACAGUAGCUCAUGGGGACCAAGAGAUCAAGUGAGGGUGUUUGGAGGAUUCCAGGGGAAUGGUUUAUUGGUUCCCAGAGCAAGAGAGUCCCGAGUUCCUUAGUGUAGCAAAGGCUGAAAAAGAAAGAACCAUGGGGGCCCUGCAGGGAGAAGUAGACUAGGCUUAGAUGAGCAGUGGGAUGGGUUUCUUUGCAUAUGGAAAGAAAUGUUCUUUAACUAGGGCAAGAAUGGCCUUUUCCUCUGAUCCUGAGGCCAAAAAGGAAAAGGAGGCAGCUGAGUUGGUGAGAUCGGGAGGAUAAGAGAACUCUGUAGAGAAGCCUAGUGAAAUAUGAGACCAAGUUCUCAACUCAGAAGGUGUGGGCAGGGGGUGGGAGGCAGCCAUGAGGGAGAACUGGAGACGAGGGAAAUAUUUGGAAGGGCUGCUGUUGUAGGUGGCAAAAGGAAUCCAUGAGGGAGAUGUCACAGAAAUGCCUUACCGUGGUGAGGACCCAGCUGAGAUCAGGGAGCCUCAAUGUAGAGUGGAGCCAGGUAGCUGGUUUCCUGAUUUUCCUUCUCUCCAUUGAUCUGCAGCACAUGAGGAGUGAGGACUGCUGCCUUACUUGGAAACAAUCCAAGGCUAAGCUUUCCCUAAAUCAUCAGCCUAGGCUCUUUCCUGGUCUCAAGGGCUCAAUCUUUGUCCAGUUAUUGGACAAUCAGGUGACCACACCACCUCAGUUUAGGGAGAUGACAACCUAGAGAGAUGCCUCUAGGAUCUUCAGGAUUGGGUCUGCUCAGGUUCCAACAGAGUUACUGUUGACUGCUGAAAAAUAAGGGCAAGAAAGAGACUGGCUGAGGCCAGAGUAUGCAUUUGCCGUCCAGGACAGAGACCAGAAUGCAAGGAUCCUGGUAGAGCUCAGGCCUGACAUAAGCCCUGGGCCCAGCCAGUAAAUGUGGAUUAAAUGUAAAAUAGAUUCUAGGAACUAGGCUAAGCCCCUAGGAUACGAAGGAAAGACAAUACCAGUCCAGGCUGUACGGGAGCUCACAAUGUAGGAUCCAAACAUGGAGGUGGUUAAAAAGAAGCAGCAGAUCCUGAAUCUCACUCUGAGAUGAUCCAGGGAGAGAAGAGUGUUUGGGAAUACAAAUACAUUUAAUUCAACAGAGAAACAAGGAAAUAGAGGAACGAAGAUGUAUAAGAAGAAAAGCAAUCAAAGGAGGAAAUAAUCAGAGUUAUGAUAAAAAAAUAAAAGCCACCGUUUGCAAAUGGCACCUACUAUGUGUCACACACUUUCUAAAUAUUCUCAUCAGUUCCUCAUAGGAACUCUAGGAGUUACUUAUUAUUAUGUCCAUGUUAUAGUUGAAGAGACUAAGUUCCUGUGAAUUGCUGAAGGUUAAAAAUACUAGCAAGUUUCCAAAGUAGAAUUAGAAUGCACCACCACUGGUAUUGUGAUUCUUUUAUUUAUUAAUUAAUUUAGGGUAUUUUUCCAUGGUUACAUGAUUCAUGUUCUUUCCCUUUCCCCUCCCAGAGCUGACGAGCAAUUUCCCUGGGUUAUACAUAUAUCAUUGUUCAAACCCUAUUUCCAUAUUGUUAAUAUUUGCAAUAGAGUGAUCAUUUAAGAGUUCAAGUCCCUGCCACGGGCAAGGUCCAGCCUCACUCGUGACUCCAGGGGUUCUCGUCAGGUGGUGAACAGUCAGUCAAGAAAAUAACAAAUGGAAGACAGCUGUUUAUCAUUCGGCCAUGCGUGUGCUUUGCAUCUGAUAGCUGCUUCGCCAUCCCCAGGCCUGGUGUUUAUUUUUAUACCCCUUUUUUGGGCACACAAAUACAUUAUUAAACACACAUGUCUAAAUAGAGAUAAUUGGAAAAGUGAUACAUUAACUUUUAACAAAUCACUUGAUUAACAUUCUAAGAUUAUUCCAUAUUCUUGUAUUGUAGUUAUUGAUCUGACAAAGCAUACAAAGGUUCUACACAAGAUGAAUUAUUUGAUCACAGGUAGCUUUUCUCAUUAACCUGUGAGGAGUCUGAGCUUACAAACAGUCAAAUAAAUUUACUUAUUACUUUUAAUAAAAAGAAAUAAUCAGAAGUUCUUAAAGACAAUUCAACAUUCACAGUACUGAGCCUGAAGGAUCAGAGGACCAUACAAUUCAGAUUAAUUGUUGGGCAGAUCAUUUUUCAGGGUUAUCAGGAAGUUUCUGGCCGGUGAGUUACUGGUUUGUGAAAUCGAGACAUGGAGGCAUGUUGAAAGUUGGUGUACCUGUACAUUUUACAUGGGCUUUUAUGAUUGAUUUGUAUGUUGGCUUCAUGAGAAUAAGUUUCUGUGAGUGGGAAAGUUCUGGGCUUGGCUUGUAGCUACAGUUUUACUGGGAAUUAUGUACCUAAGUAAAAGUUAACCCAUGGUACUCUUUUGGGAUUAGAUUUAAGGGUCUGAUCUUUUGGUGAUGUUUUGGAGAAAGAGUACAGGUAAACACCUUGUAUUAUUCUUUCCGAGGUUAGGGGGGGAAUAGCAAUCAUGUCAAUUCCAUAGGUAAGGGAUAUUAAUGAGAAGUCAUGCAAAGGGGACUGAGUGGGCAAUCACAUCUGCCAAGGGGCCACUCUGUGGAUCUCUUUAGCUGCCACGAGUGACUUUGACAAUGUAUCAUGGCCUGAUGGCUCCCAGCAAGUCCCCAGUCAUAUCCCCAUCAAACCAUGUGAUCAAUCCUGUGUUUUUCUUCUGCAUUUCUGCUCCCAUGGUUCUUUCUCUGGAUGUGGAUAAUGUUCUCUCUCAUAAAUUCCCCUGGAUUGUC